CGCGUCUCCGGGCUUUGCGGCGUCCUCUUACUCAGCCGCGGCCAGGUGGAGCCGGCGCCGCCCGCCCGCCCGCCCGCCCCGACCGGCCGCCGCACGUCCGGGCGCGGAGCGACACCGCAGGCACCGCAGCUCCCUGGCCAGGUCCCCCUACCCCUCAUGGCUCGCCGGUCGCAGUGUUCUUCGCAGGGGGACAACCCCUUGGACCCCAACUAUCUCCCACCUCAUUACAAGGAGUAUUACCGUCUGGCGCUGGAUGUGCUGGCUGAGAAAGGGAAGGAAAGUUACCAGCAUUUCUUGACAGAGGAGGGAGCCCCUGACUUCCUCUGCAGCUCAGAGGUAGACCACAUCAUACAGCACCUUCAGAAGCCCCACUAUGCCAACCAGGAGAGUAGUAACACCGAUAUCGCACCGAGUGGCGACACAGAUGGAUCUUCUGGGACCUACUGGCCAGUGAACUCUGACCUUGCAGUGCCUGAGCUAGACCUGGGCUGGCCAAUGGUCUUUGGGUUCAGGGGGACAGAGGUGACUACCUUGGUGCAGCCACCACCUCCAGAUAAUCCCAGCAUCAAAGAAGAGGCCCGCAGGAUGAUCCGAGCAGCACAGCAGGUGGUAGCUAUAGUAAUGGACAUUUUUACGGAUGUGGAUCUGCUGAGUGAAGUGCUGGAUGCUGCUGCUCGCAGGGUCCCGGUUUAUAUUCUGCUGGAUGAAAUUAACUCUCAACUCUUCUUGGAUGCAGCUGCUAAGUGCAAAGUCAACCUGAACUGUGUGGAUUUCCUGCGGGUGCGGACAGUGGCUGGUCCCACAUAUUACUGCCGCACGGGGAUGUCGUUCCAAGGCCACUUGAAAGAGAAGUUCCUGCUGGUGGACUGCAUGGUGGUGCUGAGUGGUAACUACAGCUUCAUGUGGUCCUUUGAGAAGAUUCACAGGAGCAUUGCACACAUCUUCCAGGGGGAGCUGGUGUCCAGCUUUGACGAAGAAUUCCGCAUCCUCUUUGCACAGUCAGAACCCCUCAUUCCUCCAGCCAAUGUGUUGGUGAAGGCAGAGAAUCCAUUUCCUAUGGUCCCCUUUGGAAACAAUUCACCCUUCUUUGCAAACAAGUCACCCCAGAUGUUCCCAAGGGAGGAAAAUUUCUUGCUGCCUUCCUUCACGGACAGAGUGGAUCCAGACAGAUUCUUCCUGUCCAAUUUCAGGCGGGAUGACCUGAUGCGCCACACCAUGGAGGGGUCUGCCAUGCGCAUGUAUAAAAAGGUGGAAAUGGAGAACUCUCAGGUGGAUCCAGGCCGGGGGUUCCUCCGUGCCAAGCAGCUGGAGCUGGAUUCCUUCAAGCGGCACAGCUUUGCUGAAGGAACAUUUGAAAACUUUUCCUCCUCGAGGCAGUUUUCCAGGCAGAUGUUCAUGAACAACUUGGAUGAUUUUAAAAUCCAGUCCAACCAUUUUCAGAAGGACCAGUUCUACCAGUAUCAGUUUGAACAUCCCCAUGCUGGUGGCAGGCCUCAAGGGCUCUUUGAGAGAAUCCGAGGUGGCAGGGCAGGGUUCAAUGAGCUGGAGGACUAUGGUGAGGGCCCCAGGUACCCUGAACUUGAAUCCAAUCUCCCACAUGAGGGCUUCCCCUUGCGGUUGGAUUACGUACCCUCAAACUCUUCCAGGGAAGUGAAGCAUGGCUCAGACCACAUGAACCCUGCGGGCAACGGCCCACUGGGAACAAUGGCUCUAAGGAGGCAAAAUAUAGGGCAGAAAUUCAUGUGCCAGACAUCACCCACACAGAAAUACAGCCUGGAGCAACGCUUGUUUUUGCAAGACAAAGACCAGGAUCCAGAUCAGGACAAGAAAGUCCAGGAAAAUAGAACUGGUCUGCGCAACUGGAGGAUUUCUUCCUACCUGAGUGGGUACCAGUCUGAGCCAGGAGGAGAAGGUCUCCCAAUGCCAAUGGAAUCUGAGGCCUAUAACGAUGUCCUGGGGGAGCCCAUCCCAAAGUACACUGGUGAGCUGUUCCCAGCCUUCAAGUCCCCCUUGCCAUUUAGCAAGUCACUGGCACUUAACAGUGCUAAAGAAUCUGCAGGUGCUGACAAGGCAGGUGAGGAGGCCUCCCCUGUGAAACAGGAUUCCUUCAGGUCCAGGAUAAAUCCCAUAAUCCAGAGGACCUCAAGACUCAGGUCCUCUCUGAUUUUUAGUGGUGCCAAGUUAGAGCCACAGAACACAGCAGAGAAGGUUCAGAUGAUCCAAAAGGAGCAAAUGUCCAGUGAAACAAUAAAAGACAAUGAAACCAUAAAGACAACCACCUCUGCUAAAGUGGCAGAGCUCUUGGAGAAAUGCAGAACAGGGGGCAGAGAUACAGUCAGCCACACCAAAGCUGUUUCUAGUUUUCUCCAGGAAGAAUCACAGAAUGCAGAGAAGAAAUGUACAAAAUCCCUGCAAUACAAGAUCUUGGAGAGCAGGAUGGUAGACACAAAAGAAGCAUGUGCUACUUAUAAAAUGCACACAGAUGCUGAGAAGCAGUUUGGCAUGGCUCCAUCAGCCACCAGGCUCCUCGAAACAUUAAGCAAAGAUCCCAUAGUACAUAUGAGCAAUAAAGAGACCAAGCUGGCUUCUCGGUUCUACUCUGCAGAGAAUAAACCUGCUCUUCCAGAGAAGGAGAGCCUUUUAUUUGUAGGAGACACUCAGAAACUUGCUCUUCCAGAGAAGAAGGAAAAGCGGAUGCUCCAAGAGGACACCCAGAAACUACCAAAUGUAGAACUAAAGAAAUCACAGGCAAGGAUAAGCACCACAUCAACUGUUGAGAGUUUAUCCAGGAAACAUGGAUCUGAGAGCUCUCUCAAUAUGUCUGAGGAAGAGGGCUCGAAACAGGAGCCAAAUCCAAUAGAAUUUUUUAGGAAAGGGUCACUAAGGUUGAAGCAGUUCCUGCAACCAAAAGGUGAAAAGAAAUCAGAAGAAGAAGCUAUUCCUGAGACUGGGAAGCCUGACAAACAGAACAUGACCUUCAAACGAACUUCUCAGGGGGUUAGCCAAGAAAUGAUGGAGGAAGAGAAAUCUCAGAAGUUCACAACAGUUGCCCCCAAAAGCAACCAAGCUCCUCAGACCAGGUUUGCUUCAUCCACAGCUAAUGCCCUAUAUAGCAGCAACCUCCGUGAUGACACCAAGGUAAUUUUGGAGCAAAUUUCUGCCAAUAGUCAAAAGAACAGAGCUGAACUAGCCAGGCAACUACCAUCUACUAGUAACCCUGAUCUUUCCAAGUCCACCACCAGCUUGGACAGCAAAGGUGAGAAAGAGAAAAAUUGCAACAUCAACAGAUCAGAGAGUUUUAGCAGCCACAGGAGGAAUCUUCAGAGGCAACCAUCAGAGGACAGAGACACCCUGCUGAAAAAAAUGGAGAGUAUGCGGAAGGAGAAACGAGUCUACAGUAGGUUUGAGGUCUUCUGCAAGAAGGAAGAUCAAACAAGUCAUAAUGAAGAGGAAUACGACACAGAUGCCAAAGACAAGAAAAUGGGAAAAUUCAUGCCCAAACUCCUGGGAACCUUCAAAACCAAAAAGUGACCUUAGAAAUGCUGCCUAAUUCCAGCUGCUGGGGCCAUAACCACAUGUCAGAGGGAGAGGAGGUUACACUGCUAAGAUGGACACCAGCAAUGCAUGGAAUACCCCUUGGAGGAUAAGUAGCAAUACACACAGCACUGCACUCCUGCACCAUGACCUGCACCACAAAGUCACAGGGUGCAGGGUAAUCAAUGCAAUAUGAUACUAAUUAAAAAAAAUAAAUUAUCUAAUUGUAAGAAGAGAAAAAGAUAAAAUAGAGUCUGUAUGAUCCACUCAGGGAACUUCCUGCUCUCAGGGAGGGGAAAAAUACCAAUUCAAAACUCUGUCCUGAGCUAGGGAAAUCUGUGCUUCUCACUGAAAGAACAAUGCUGAUUUUUCAGCUGUUUCUCAAGUCCAGGUCCAUUUUCUCUAGUGCCAGGAAGAGUUUUAAAGCUCCCAAGAUAAAGACCUUUCUGUAAACUCUGUGUCUCUACCUGUGGCGAUGGCCCUGACCAUCAGCAUGUGUACAUUUUUUGUACUUAGCAUUUUAUUUUUUUUUAACUGUAAUUGGAAAUGCACUUACAUGUUACAGGAGCAGCCUGAGCAGGCAACUGGAAGGCAGCAAGCAAGGGAAUUGACAGGAUACAUGGGCAUAGAAAGUGUAUCCAAGACUGCAGUGUAGAUAAGCUGAGCUAGUGGGUAGCUGAAUUAUGCUUGUACAAUGCAGCCUUCACCAAACAGAAGCUUCCUUGAGACAGUGCCUUCACAAACAGGUGUCUUCACUCAGGGAGGUGUUUGUAGCAGAGGAUAAGCCAUUUCAAGUGCUGGCAGGUCCCUCACUGUGCUAGGAAGGGAGACAGGGUUCAGAGAAAAGAAUGGAAAAACUGAGCUUUGUUGUAAAAUGAUCCUUUUUGUAAGCUCAGGAAUGGUUUAUUUCUCAUAUAUUUCUUUCUGGUGUUUAGUACCAAGGCUGACUAUGCAGCUCUUUCAGGGGCGCAGACAGAAGUGACAGUUUUCACCUGAAUGGCCACAGAAAGUGGUCUAUAGCCAUGACCAAACACAAGUGUAUGGCUGAAGACUGCUUAAAAAUGGCUGAUCAGGUGAAAAUCUGAACCUUCAUUGCAUGAGGGGUCAGAUGAAGACAUUUUAAAACAGAACAUCAUAUGCAACUUGUGUCUGCACUGUCCCCCACACCUGUUUUCAGAAUGGGAGGGGAAAUGUUGCAGAGGGGGUUUGGUUUGGGGGGUUUUCAGCCCGCACUAGAGGGUUGGGAGAGUGUAUUGGAGCCCCCUGAGGCAGGGGAGCUCCAAUUCACCCCCAUCCCUCCAGUGCUGGCUGGGGAACCCCUAGAAAGAGCUCCCUCUGCUAGCGCCCCACCCAUUUUGCAAACAGCCAGGGCUGGCAGGGGCCCUUGCUAAGGGAAACUAGUGCAGGCUGCAACCCAGCUAGAUUCCCUUCUCCCUUGGAUCCAGCAGUGGACUUCUGCUUGGUCCGGUGAAUCGUUAACUCAGAACAAAGCCUUCUCAGUUACAGCAGGGAGCUGCACAUCUGUCUGCGCCGAGAGCCUAGCCUAGUCUGUACAAUUCACACUGUGAUACUGAAUUGUUUGGCAGGGUGGGGGGUGGAGGGUGUAAAAAACCUGCUGUACUUAAGGUUUGCUACCUUGGGUCUGUUUUCUUCAGGGUUAAGAAGACUAACCUAAGGGCUGCCCCCCUUAGACUUGCCACAGCAGCUGUAGCAGUCUCUGUGCUGGGAAUUAUAGCUGAUUUCACGUAUUUAUUUAUGCUGUAAACAGACUUACUUGAUUAAUUAAAAAUGGAACAGAUAAGAGAUCAUAGCAAGCUCAAAUCCACAGAAGGUGAAUCUAUUGGCAAGGAAGGACACCUGGGUCACAAGGCAUACCUAAUCCAUUUGAGACUGGGCCAGUUGUGCUCAACACCAGCCCAUACCAGAUCCAGCUUGCAGGACUGACACGUGGCUUGUGGGGCUCUCCACACGUCUGGAAGUUUGGCAGCAGGGGAGCAGUGGCAGCAUUAAGUGCUAGAGUCAUGGUAAUUAAUGCUGCCACUGCUUGCUCGCUGUCAAAUUUCCAGACCUGUGGGGAGCCCUGUGGGCCAGAUGACAUGGGUUGAAAAUGCUAGACUGGGUUGGGCCAGAUAUGGCCCAUGGUGUAGGGCCAGUACAGGGAGUCACUGCAGCUGCACCAUCCUUGCACUAUUCAUCCAGGCCACAGGGCUGGAAGGUUGAGCAGCACUGGACAAGGGAAGAUGAAUGGGCUUUACCCAUGUUGGCCACCUGCCUCCCUCCACGUGCUGACUGUCAGAAGUCCCAGUCCUCAUUGUAUUAUGGCUCUCUCCCAUCACCUACACUCUAGGCUGGCUUCUUACUGCAAGCAGCUGCCUUAACCUGUUCUGUUUCUGAAGCAGAAGAUGUCAGGGCAGACACCUACAAACACUCCAGCUGCUCCUUGGUUCACCAAACAGCAAACAAGGUCCUAGGUUCAGUAAAAACUAACAGCAACACAAGAGGAAACAGCCUCUCACAGCUAUAUCCAGGGUCCAGUCAAUGAGGCAACAAUCAAACAGUCCUCAAGGAGGAGGCAGACCAUCCCUUUGACACCUCCCUUUUCCUCUCAUAUCCUCUAUGUGGGGAAGUCUUUUCAGUCCCAGCCAGAAAUCUCUCUCUCUAAUCAUGCACUCCUUUUCAUGUUCCAUCUGCUGCCUAAGUUGGGAAUGAGACGGAACAAGUCUUCUGAGUUUUCUUGUGUACUCCAGCAAGACUGGCACAAGUUGAUGCCCCAUCCAUGAUCACUCACAGGUGUUGCACCUCUAACCUAAUUCAGCAAACCUAAUUCAGAUGUGUAGACAACAGGAAAGGCAUGGAGCAAGCUGAAUGCCAGCAGCUGUGGGGAACAUGCCCUCCAAGCCACCCCAGAUAUGAGGCAGUAAAGUCACAUUGCUGGCACACCCCACAACCACUAUGGAUGACACCAGAGACUGACAGCAUGAGAGCGGCAGCAGGGGAUACCCUCAAGUGAGUGUUACUGCCUCUUUUUGAGGACUGGUGCACAGUGAGUGUUCCCAUGGUAGUGGGCUCUACCUAAAUCAAAUAACUUUUCAGUGACAAAUGCUGGCUGGUUUCUUGCUUGGAGGAAGCCUGGUAAUAUAAAGCUCUGAGAGGCACAGGUCUCUAAUUUGCAGAACAGCUUAUUUUGGAGGCUUCACCAUUUAGGACAGAAUUAUCGCCAAUUAGCAAGAUAAUAUACAAUUUUUCAUGUGAACAGUUCAACCCAGACACACACAUAAGCCCCCCAAAAUAGAAGCACCUAGAUGGAGAGGAGCUGCCUAGAAAUAAACAAGCCCCUCAGGCUCUGUAAUAAGUUUAUGCUGCAAAUACUACUAGGGAACUGCUGGCAUAAGUGUUUGCACAGCAAAACAGUCUUGUUUCUGUGUGGAGCCACAAUCCUUCUCUUGUACAUUUUCUGUGCUACUGUUGUAUAUUAAGAGGAUACUAUCCAAGCAGUUCUGUAUAUUGUGGAGCAUUAAAUAAAACAUUCACUUACUAAAGAACAAU